CAAACUCAAAAAAACUUCUUCAAGCUAAGAAAUCUUCAGCACUGAGCAACAUCUAACAUGGCCUGCUGCGCUACCAGCUUCUGUGGCUUUCCCACAUGCUCCACUGGUGGCACCUGUGGCUCCAGCUGCUGCCAACCCAGCUGCUCCCAGCCCAGCUGCUGCCAGCCCAGCUGCUGCCAGCCCAGCUGCUGCCAGCCCAGCUGCUCCCAGUCCAGCUGCUGCCAGCCCAGCUGCUGCCAGCCCAGCUGCUCCCAGUCCAGCUGCUGCCAGCCCAGCUGCUCCCAGUCCAGCUGCUGCCAGCCCAGCUGCUGCCAGCCCAGCUGCUCCCAGUCCAGCUGCUGCCAACCCAGCUAUUGUCAGUCCAGCUGCUGUGGCACUGGCUGUGGCCAGCAGGGUGGCAGUGGAGGCAUGAGCUGCCGAGUUAGAUGGUGCCGCCCAGACUGCCGCGUGGAGGGCACCUGCCUUCCCCCCUGCUGUGUGGUGAGCUCCACACCCCCAACCUGCUGCCAGCUGCACCAUGCCCAGGCCUCCUGCUGCCGCCCAUCCUACUGUGGACAGUCCUGCUGCCGCCCAGCCUGCUGCUGCUACUGCUGCCAGCCCAGCUGCUCUGAGCCCAGCUGCUGCCAGCCCAGCUGUUAAGACCCAGGAUGCUGAUUCCCAAGGGUUCAACUUUCAAGGCCUGGGCCACUAAUACAUUCUCCAACUUGGAUUUGGCUUGUGUCUUUUUGUGUGUGU